CCAGUAAGCGGUGACUCCUUCAGCCGGUCCCCCGGUACUUCUCAACGACGCCGGAGCGACACUUCGCAUUCCACCAACGAAAAAAUAAAGAGAUAAGGAAACAACACUUUGUUGAGAAAAAAAUAAUUUGUAGCCCGAAUAACCAUAAAUCCUCGACUGCGACACAAGCCCGAGGAUAACCAGACGCUUAAUCGCUCAGCUUGGGUGUUCAACUCAGAAUAUUUGAGGUUUUCUUUAUUCUUUUAAGAACCAAAAUGAAAACCAAAUUUAUCAACGGGGUUUCUUCCUCCCCCUCCAUGUCGCUGGGUAUUCUGGUGACCGAGAACGCGCUGCAGGUCCAGCCCGACGUCGAGGAGGACUGCAACGAGCUGAUCCAGUUCGACCAGCCCGACCUGGACACCCAGCGCAAGGCUUAUCUGUGGUGCAGAGAGUUCCUCCACGGAGCGUGGAAGGGCCUGGCCAAGGACGAGUUCCAUAUCACCAUCAUACGGGGUGGUCUGAGCAACAAGCUCUUCCUGUGCAGCCUCCCCGACAGCGUGGACACUGUUGGGGACGAGCCCAGGAACGUCCUGCUGCGCCUCUAUGGGGCCAUCCUGCAGAUGUCCUGUAAUAAAGGGGAUUCCCGACAGUCAAACAAAGAAAAUCACUUCCAAGGUGCGGAGGCCAUGGUGUUGGAGAGUGUGAUGUUCGCCAUCUUGGCGGAGAGGGAGCUGGGACCUAAGCUCUAUGGUAUUUUCCCUCAGGGCCGACUGGAGCAGUAUGUCCCUAGUCGUAAACUGGACACCUGUGAGUUGAGCCACCCCAGCAUCUCAGCAGAGGUUGCAGAGAAGAUGGCCAAGUUUCAUGCGAUGAGGAUGCCCUUCAACAAGGAACCCAAGUGGCUGUUUGGGACUAUGGACAAGUACCUGAACCAAGUCAUGAGGCUGAACUUCACCAGAGAGUCACACCUGCGUCGCUUCAACCGCCUGCUCAGCUACAACCUGCCAAAGGAGAUGGAUAUGCUCAAGUCUCUUCUGGGGUCCACGCACUCUCCUGUAGUGUUCUGCCACAACGACUGUCAAGAAGGAAACGUCCUGCUGCUGAAGGGCCGCCAGAGUUCAGACAAACAGAAGCUGAUGCUCAUUGACUUUGAGUACAGCAGCUACAAUUACAGGGGAUUUGAUAUUGGCAACCAUUUCUGUGAAUGGAUGUAUGACUACAGCUUUGAGGAGUUUCCCUUCUUCAAAGUGAACGCUCAGGCCUAUCCUACCAAGGCCCAGCAGCUGCACUUCAUUGAAAGCUACUUGCGGGAGUCCGAUCAGGGGUUCGACAACCUGAGCGAAGAGGACCAGAUGAAGCUGAAGGAGGAGCUGCACGUGGAGGUCAACAGGUUCUCGCUGGCAUCCCACUUUUUUUGGGGCUUAUGGUCCACCAUCCAGGCCCGGCUCUCCACCAUCAAGUUCGGAUACCUGGAGUAUGCCCAGGCCAGGUUUGAUGCCUACUUCCAGCAGAAGAAGAUCUGGGCGGUCUAAUGAAGCCAAAUGAUUGGAUGGACCGACGC